AUGCUGCCCGUCAUCAUUUUCGCCAGCCUCAUCUGGCUGUUCACCCUCCUCCGCCCGGAGACACGCCCGGCAGCUCAGGUCCUUUGGCCAACUGCCAUCGGAUACCUCUUCCUCCCGGGCUGCCUCUUCCUGGUGGUGCCGGCCUCGAUGUUCUUGCGGGGUUUGUGGUCUGGCCGUGUUUUCCCUCGCCUCCACUUGCUCAUUUCCUUCGCCGCAACCUCCGCCGCACUCGCUGUCCUCUACGUUCUCUAUCGCCAGCUCUCCUGGGCCACCGGUCUGACCAUGGCCCUUGUCCAAGACUGGGAGGAGUUCGUUGUGGACGUGGCGGAGGGGCCUCGCGAGACUCUUGGCCCGCUCUUCCGUGACGCCUUCUUCGCCGGCCUCGACGACCUCAACUUUUUUGAGGGACUCAAGCAGGACAAGCGGGAUCUGCAGGACAUGGCCGAUCGGGCUCUCGACGCCCUGUUCGUGCUGCCGGGAGUGAUUGGCCACGUUUUCCACGCCGUCCUCUCUGUCCCCCGCUUCCUGAUGGCCUGCGAAGACGCGCUCGACGAGGGCCCCCUUGUGGUGGCGACGUUUGUUUGGGAGCACCUCCUGGCUUUGGUGGCCUUUGUCGUUGGGCUUCUGCUCAUCGCCAUGGGCAGCUGCUGGCUCUACUUCAUUCUCGUCCAGAAGAGAGCCCUGGAGAUUGCCCACCGGCGGUCCCAGAACGAGCAGUUUGUUGCUGUGAUCGACCAGCAGCACGCCAUGAUCAACGCCAUGGAUGAAGUUGCCGACCAACUGUACCAGCGCGCCAAGUCUGUCGUCGAUGACAUCUGGUACAAUGUCUUCCGCCCGGGCGCCCUCCAUCACCUGGCCCAGCUCCAGCAUGCCUGCGUGCCCCGAUCGAUGGGGUCGCGCAUCCGCACCACCCGGCGCAACACCACGCACUUUGUGCGUCACCGUGUGGCGGUGCGGCCUGGACUGGGCAUGCCAACACCGGCUGCUCUCGCGACUUCCUUUGACCCGUUUGCCAUUUACGACGCGCUGAAUGAUCUGUCCGACUCCAACCAGCUGAUCAUGAAGGGACUUGCCUCGGAGAGAGGGAGGCUGGCCAGACAGAUUUCCGCGCUGGACCAGUAUCUCGAGGCAAUCCUGGCUGACAUCAAGCUGCAUCUUCAGCGCGGGCAAUACGGACGGGAGUCGUGGACGCAGGAGAAAUAUCAGGCAGCAUUCGCGCGCUAUGACGAGUACGUCAUGCGCAAGGCCGACAGCGACAACGACAGCAAUGCUCCUGAUAUUGGCUCCUUUGAGCAGUUUCAACUGGCAUGGAACAGCCGGGCCGCCAUGGUUUCCUCGCCGCCCGCUGUGUCCCGGGGAUGUGCCAAUGAAUGGGCCUCAUCCAUCUUGCUCGACCACUCGACAGUCAUCGUGCCUCGCGACGAUCGCCAGUGGGAUGAAGAUGCGCGACUGCACACGUCUCAGCAGCGGCAUCGGAGUCCCCACGUCCGGAUCGAUGACCACCUGCAGCGUCCAGAGUAUCGACUCCGCUUGCAGGACGAGCAGAUGGAGAGCCAGCGCCUCGAGCUCUCGAGUGCCCUUCAACGGCAGCGGGCCAUGGAGAGCCACCUCCACGCCCUCGAGCAGAAGUGCAGCCAGCAGCAAAGCAUUCUGGAACGGCCGCCCCGGGAAGCUCAGGCCGAGUCGGCUUCGUCGGAUGCUCCUGUCAGAGGUCCGACGACCACACCGUUCCAGGAGGCAGCUGCUCUGCCUUCUGCUCCGAUUCAGCACGACGGGACGUCUGUCCCCCCCUCUGCCCCCGAUCCAGCAUUGAAGCUGUUUCGCCAGCGGCAGCAGGACUGGGCACUUUACCUGCGGAUCGUCCGUGGAAAGGCCUCUGGCAGUCCCCAGCUCCCCGAGGAGCAUGGCACUGUCGACGCCGGACCAUCGAAACGGACGAUGAUCCCAAGGGCCGGUGCAAAGACAGCGUCCCCCGUCGCUCGCUCCCGUCGCCGUGUUCAUUUCGCAGACACGUGCGACAUUCUUUACUUCUCGACUUCUCCGUCUUCCUCGCCCGACGCCGACGCCGACAAGAUGCUGCUGGAUUCUCCAGACCGGGAGGACCAGCAUGCAGCAGAGCGGGAAUUCCAACGUCUGGAAGACCUCCCACCUCUGCCCUUGUCUCCGCCACCGCCGCCACCGCAGUCGUCCACCGAAGACGUACCGCCACUGCCGCCAUUUCCGUCCGGCCGGAAGAAGAUGGACAAGUCGACGAAGCGAGAGGUCUUGGCAUCUCCCGCGACCAUUUCGUCACCAGCCCCCACCGCCGCCGCCGCUUUGCCAGUCACGUCGGAGCCACUGCACGUGCAUGAGACAACACACGACUUGUGUUCGUCUCGCUUUCUGCCGAGCCGUCAUCGCGCUCAAGAACCCACUUCCAGGGUGCUGAGGCAGCGAACACGGCAGACGCAGAGAGUGCAGCGGACGCCGCCAUCGCAGCGUCCGCUGCAUGCACGCAGGGUCGACGUCGACGAGCGGUCGGCACAGGAGGUCCGGAAGCAGGACCAGAUUGGACUCGCGGGAGAAUCGACGCCAGACUCUCCCCCACACAUGUCGCAGCAGGCCGCCACCCCGGCUGCGACCCCCACAUCCCCUGCCCAGUUGUUGCCCGGGAAUGCCCCAUCCCCAGCACCGGUGAUGCAUUAUAUCCCGGGAGCUAUGCCCGCCGGAAGUGGAAGUGAGGACGACUUGUUCGUUCUCGCGAAGCAGCGGACGGUGGAGGCCCCGAUGGCGAAGGCUCCGAGUGCAGCAGCAGGUGCAGGGAUGCACUCGAUGGAAUCCGAUCCGGGAGCAUCGGACAUCGACAUGACGACGGCCAUGGACUUUGAAUGGCACGCGGCUACAGAAGCCGCCACGGACGAGGAGGCCGAGAUCAUGGCACAGCUGGCAUCGACGAUGGCGUCCACGGACCUGUCUGACGUGCUGGCGCCACCUCUGGCCGAAUCGUUUGCGGAGACCGGCGAGGUGCAGCACACGCUCCCUCUCCUGGAAGACCAGAUGGCAGCGCUCGAUGUCUGGAGCCUGCCAUGCGACAAUCUGCCGGACAUGCGGGAGGUACUGGGCCUCACAGAGUGGCCCACGGACGAGGAGAUGACGGAGCUGAGGGAGAUCCUUGACAGGGCUGAGAUCCCUACCUUGUCAGAGCUGUUGCCACUUCCAGACACGCCGAUGACAGAGGGUAUCGCCUCGACUGCUCCGGAAGACCCCGUCCAGACAGCCCCAGUGCCUCCCGCCCCACUGCAGCACCAGUCAUCGCCCUUCGCCAGCGACAAUCAUGGCGACAGCGACACUGGCGGCUGCAGCACGACUCCGGCAGAGACCGCUGGUCUUCUGUCUCCCCUGCCUUCUGCCCUAAUUCCAUCGACCAGUACGAAGGUCUUUGGAGGGCCGUCGUCAUCACCAGCGCCAACCUCUUCCCCAGCAGCCACGGUCCAGCUUGCACUUCCGACAUUUCAGUCGCUGCCGCCCUCGGAUCGUGCAAUGCCCGUGGCUGACUUCCCUCUUCCGGACGCUCCACCCGCCACCCUCGUCAUCCCCUCUCUGCCCCCGCCGGUCGUUCCAACGGCAGCAACAUGGCCAGCGUCAGCUUUCGUGCCUGCGCCAGCUGCCACCGGCAUUGACGAGAGGGAGAUGAUCGGAGUCGAGAGCUUGCUCGCGCUUGCUCUCCCGGCCACACCCCCCCCUGUCCCCUCUCUACCGCCGCCGGUCAUUCCAACAGCAGCUUCUUGGCCAGCGUCAGCUUUCGUGCCUGCGCCAGCUGCUCCCGGCCAUGACGAGAGGGAGAUGGGCGGGAUGGAAAUGGAGUUUCCGGCUGUCCCAGUUUCACUUCCAGUCCCAGUCCCAGCCCCUGCCCCUGCACCGACCCCUGCUGCUGUGUUGAUGCCGCCUCCGCCUCGGCCCAGACCUGCGCGGCCGCCAGUCCCCACAACCACCACCAGCCAGCCAGAGAGACCGUUGACGCCGAUGCCGUCAUCGUCUCGGGUGGUCGGGACCCCGCCGGCGCAGGAACAGCCACAGCAGCAGCAUGAGUCGCAGUCUGCCCGAUCGAAGGGCAAGGAAAAGGCAGCCGAGGACUGGGCGAUGGACGCGAUGGGAGACUCGGUACCAGAGUCUCCAGUUCGCACGACAGCGAGGGAGUCCGGCCAGAGAAAGACUCUUGUGCCGCGACUGAGGAAGAGAACCGGAGGGAAACAAACGAGCGGGCCCUCCGCAGCGCCAAUGCCCGCAUUCGGUGGCGACACACAGGAAAGUCAGAUGGCACCUGCAUUUGACUUUACGGUUUCUGCGCCUGUUGUCGUCACCGCCAACACCGCCACCACCACAACCGCUUCGGACGUCGAGUCCGAAGCCGAAUCCGAGGCCGGAACCACUGUCGGCAGCAAUGCUGACGCCGGCACCAACAACGACAACGACCGUGAUGGCAACACAGGCAACGUCAUGGUUAUUUCCGGAUUUGGCGGCCAGGGUCUGGAGGGCUACCAGGCCCCAUUGUUUGCGCCGAUGCCAGAGGAGGUCGCGGCUGCGGUGGCUGCCACCGCCGCGGCUGCUGGCCUGCCAUCUUUGAUCGGCGCAGACAGCGCCGCCAACACGGCAACGGACUGGAGUGGUGGUGGCCGCAAGAGAGGGUCGCUCCGGGAUCAUGCCCGGGCGACAAUGGAGGAAUACCAGGCCAUCUGGGCGGAUGACAAAGUUCGCGGUUAUGCCGUGAAGCUGGAGCAAGUCAUCCGGGUGGGAGAACAGUUCCUCGGGAUCGAGCAGAUCGACGACGAGCUGGCGAAGUCAUGGCCGCACGCAGCGCGAAAAGAAAUGCUGGUCUCUUUUGUCCAGCAACAGAGCACGCUUCCAGACAAUUGGAAUGCGUCUCUGUCCACCGUGACGGAGCUCUCGUUGAACUGGCUCGACACGGUCAGCCACUGGGACGAGAUCGAGGAAUACUUCCAGGAAAGCUUUGAGGCGAAGCUGUUCGAGGCCCUGGUGGGAUACGACCUGCUGUACCAGUAG